CGCCCAAUUUUCUUGCAUAUAUGAAAUGUAUUGUGUUGUUGGUAGCUUAGUAGAUUCUUCAAAGAGGAAUGGGAAUUCAGGGGUUUUUGCCGCUAUUGAAAUCGAUUAUGGUUCCAAUCAAUAUCAAGGACUUGAAGGGUUGUUCAGUAGCGGUAGACACCUAUUCUUGGCUCCACAAAGGUGCCCUUUCUUGCAGCACCGAACUCUGCAAAGGGAUACCCACUACCAGGCACAUUGAGUAUUGCAUGCACAGAGUCAAUUUGCUGCGCCAUUAUGGGGUUAAGCCCAUUCUAGUGUUUGACGGAGGACUUCUGCCAAUGAAGAGUGAACAAGAGAUCAAGCGUGCCAGGGUUAGAAAGGAUAAUUUUGUACGUGCAGUUGAACACGAGUCAGAUGGAAAUUCAGCUGCUGCUUAUGAGUGCUACCAGAAAGCAGUUGAUAUUUCUCCCCAAGUUGCACGUGAACUAAUUCAGGUAAAAAGGAGUUGAAUAUAUCAUAGUUGG